AUAUAUCGUCGUGAAGAAUACGUGCAUUCGACUGUACAUCAAACCCGAGAUACUUUUAAGUAUGGAGAGGAAACAAUGCUUGGUUUAGGUGUUGCGCUCACAGAUAUGAGCAACGAAAAUGGCGCAACUCGAUUUAUUGUUGGCUCUCACCUUUGGGGUCCAUACGAUGCAUGUGGAAGUUUCGACAAGGAAAUGGAAUUUUACAUUGAAGCUAAAGAGGGGGACGCAGUUUUAUUUUUGGGUAGUGUAUAUCAUGCAGCAAGUGCGAAUCAUACAUCCAAGGAUAGAAUUGCAAGAUUCUUUUUUAUGACAAAGGGUUACUUGAAACAGGAAGAAAACCUUUAUCUUGGAACUAAAAUGAAUUUUUUCAAAGGACUUUCUUUGAAAUCAUUGCAGUUGUUGGGCCUCACUACCUCGGAGCCUUAAUGUGGGCAUGUAGAUUAUGAG